CCGCCACCACCAGCCCUCCUGCGCACUGCUACCGGUGACGACGGCCUCGCCAGCCUGCCCUGACACUGUGGUCGACUCUGACAAACGCACCCUUUGUCACCCGUCUUAGUCUCCGACCGAACUCCUAGAGCCGUGAUCCAACACACCCAUAAAACACCCGCCUGUCCUUCUCCCCCCACACCGCCCACCAUGUCCACUUCCACACCACCACCAGAAUCCAGCUACACAGCCAUGGACAAAGACGUAGAAGCGAUCGGAGCACACUGCGAGCUAGAGUACUGCAAUGUACUUGACUUUCUCCCCUUCCGCUGCGACUCAUGCCACCAUACAUUUUGUCUCGACCAUCGAUCAGAAACAGCACAUAAAUGCACACAUGCCGGAGAAUGGGCACGAAACCGACGACGAAACGAAGUUGGACGAGCGACAUCUAACGCCCCCUCAUUAGGGAAACCCAACGUACGCAACGCCACACAAUGUAGCAAUCCAACAUGCAAGACUUUCAUCCACACCAUGCAGAACACAGGCGUGCAUUGCACGACAUGCAAUCGAGACUACUGCCUGAAACACCGGAUGCGGGAAGAUCAUGACUGCAAGAAUCUGAUUCCGCUGGGUGCGCGACCCGUCGACCUUGCCAUCCAGUCUAACAAGGAGAAAUUAAAACUUGGCUUCGGUCGGCUCAAGUCAUGGGGGAAGGUUCAGCAAGAGGCUUUGAAACCCAAACCCAAGCCGACGAGCAAAGCCGCCCAAUUGGCUGCGUUGAACAAUCUCAAGAAAACUGCAAAGGGUGACGAUAAGCUCGCCCCCGAAAAGAGAGUCUAUCUACACGUCGAGGCCGAGGCCGCUACCACAACCAGUAAACUGCCCCGGGCGGAAUUGUUUUUCAGCCAGGAUUGGAGUGUCGGCAGGUUGUUGGAUGAUGCUGCAAAGAGAUUACAGGUCGCCAAUGUCAAUAACCGCGUCGAGACCGAGGAACAGAGGUUGAGAGUCUAUCAUGUUGAGGGUGGUAGAUUACUCGAUUUUCCUGAGAAGGUCGGCAGUGCUCUCGUCAGUGGUAAUACCCUGGUCCUACUCCGAGGCGUGGGUCCUGCUGAAGCAUAAUCCCCCCGUCUUCGGCGCAUAGACAAGUGCAAUUGAUUGUUUCUCCAUGCAUAGCGACGGCGUGGGUUGAUUUGGGUUGAAAUUGCGUUGAGACAUGACAUGACAGGAUGGGAUGGGAUGGAAUAAGAAAUCAAUGCCAAACCUUACGUCGUACAUCGGCUCUAUUCUCAGAGUUGAUAGUCACGAUUGAACGACAGAAACGUCAGAGAGAAUUAUCUCUUACAUUACUUAAACCAGAUAUGCAUGGAAUGAAUAAAUUUCAAGGAGAUCAUCUCCAUGAAUCAUUGCUGCUCAUCAGAAAUCUCAUUGUUGAAGUGAUUCCUAGUACCGUUGAAACGCCCUGCGAUAUACACACAUCCAUG